AGUACUAAAACGGACGUGGUAGAGGAUUGGCUCUAUGAAGGAAUCCUCUUUCAUCCUUCACUACAAUACGCGAAAUAAUUCCAAAGAUCAACCUACAAUUGAAUAAUUUGGUAUAUAUAGAUCAGACAUUCACCCAAUUUCCCAUCAACUGUGACAUGAGAUUAUUAGUUAGCCAAAUGUGAUGUGCUGUAUUUGCUGAAACACACCAAAGUGAGACAAAAAAGAGCGAGUUUACAAAUUUCAUUUGCGAGUUUAAUUGUGUUCAUUGAAAUAGCCGUGGGUAAUUUUCAAUAAACUGAAAAUUCAAUUAACAACUCUGUAAUCAAGUCUCCCAAAAAUUUAAUUUAAUUGCACUGUUUUUUUUUAUUUUAUCUCUAUAGUGUAUGCAUAACACAUUUUAUGUUCAUUCCAACAAAAUAAAAAAAAAGUACAUUUCAUAUACCAAAAGCUCCCCAAUCACCCUCUGCCCCCCCCAAACCAAAAUUAAACCUAUAUAGUGUUCUGUGAAAAGGGGAAAAAAUAUCGAAUUUGUUCUCGUGAAGUGUCCCCCGGAUAAAUUUUAUUAGCGUGGUGAAAAGUGACCAGAAAUUGCCAACAGUGAGAAUUGUAUUGAUUUGUUCAACACGGAUCAAUUAAUUGGUAUUCAUAUGGUAAAUAUUGUGGAGAACAUACACGCUCAAUUACACCACUUGUCAAUCAUUUGGAGGCAGUCUGAUAUGCGGAAAUAUUUAGAGGCAGCAUCUUCGAGCGUGUAAACAUUGUCAGCUUGACCUCGAGAGGACCCCCAUUUGGGUUGGGUGGAAUAUCGUGCAAAUGUCUGUGAUUUGGGUGGUGAGUGAAAAAUAUCCACGAAUGGUCACUGGAGGACUGGAGAAAUGUGUCUUGAUUUUGUGCUGAGGAUCAGGCACAGAAGAGACGAGUGUUCACUGUAAUAAUCCGGGUUAUUUAUGGAUCACACUAGAGUGGGACAAUUGUGUCGAUACAAAAGUGUACGAGGCGCCUAAUAAAUAAUCCUUGGGGUGGCAAUUGAGUGAGACACAAUCAGAGCGGUGCAUUUUGGACACAAUUGCCAAAUUUAUCAUGAUGGAGUGGAUAAUCUCAGCUAGACUCUGGCCCAAGACAUUCUUCUGGUUCGCCACACUUUUGCUCCUUCUCCGUGACAUUAACAGAGCUGUUUGCCUCAAAAAUGUGAAAAUCAUCGUUCCCGAAGCCGUCGCAGUGGGUGACACGGUGACCCUAUCUUGUCACUACGACCUCGAGGCUGAUGCACUCUACUUAAUUCGAUGGUAUCUCGACUCGGAGGAAUUCUACCGGUAUGUCCCGAAAGAGGAGCCCCCGGCGCGUGUCUUUGAGAUUUCCGGCAUCUCGGUGAAUAUUAACAAGUCUAACGCCAAUAUCGUGACACUGAGAGCCGUGACGAGAAACCAAACGGGCACGUAUCAGUGUGAAGUGUCAGCAGAUGCACCAUCCUUUCACACCGAAGUGGCUCAGGCCACGAUGCUUGUGGCUGUUCUACCGGAAGCACAGCCCUCAAUGACAGUGAAUAGUUUGCGUGUGUUCAACAACAAGAUCCUGGUGCGGAUGGAUGAGAGCCUAAAGAUGAUUUGCACGUCCAGUCCAUCAUAUCCGCCUGUCAAUUUCACAUGGAGCAUCAAUGCCAUACCUUAUUCGUCCACUCAUACGGGCUUCCACAGCGUCAACGGUGGUCAAUCGUGGGAGGCACGCGAAGCCUGGUCAGAGCUAGUCAUUCACAUCAACUACAAUCUAGUAUCCCCCUACACAAGGCACCUCAUCGUGCGCUGCGAAACCAACAUAUACACAUUAUACCGCGGUGCAGCUGCCGUGGACUUGGAGUUGAUACAGGAUAAUCCAUGGUCUUUCGGUGAGAAAGUUAGCCCUACGAUGGAUCAACGGAGCGGAAGCGGAAGUGGCAAGGGCAGUGAUCCGGACAACUCAGCACUCACCGGAAGUGCCAUCCUUCUAGGUGGAUGUUACAAGUGUUUUAUAUUCCGGACAGUUGUUUGUUUUCUGGUGGUUGUGUUAAUGUUUUCAUAAAUCCACCCUACCUCCCAUUUAAAAACGCCCACCACGCAUUUCUUCAUAUUUCACCUUUUCGGCGGAAAUUUCAAGUUUUUUUUUCCCCAUGUUUCACCACAAAACAUUUUAGGGCAAAAGACCUCACUUACAGCUGAGUCUUGUUGGAUGAAAAAAAAUAUACCAGGGAAAUAAUUUAUUUUACAUUUUAUAGAGAGAAUUCCUUUUUUUUUUCCUGGAUGAGCAGAGAAAGGUUAAGUAACCUACAGUUCUUGCUCAGAUAAUUAUACGCAUCAUAAUUAUUUGUUAUGUGUAUAUAUUUUUUUAAUCUUUGAUUAAAUUUAAAAUGCAAUAGUUCAUGAAUAAAUUUCAUUUCGUUAAUUAUGAAUAAUACUUUGAAGUGCAAAAUUUGCGGAUAAUUUUCUGAGAAGGAGCUGUACUGAAAAAAAGUCCCAAAGUGUGAUUCAAGGAGCAUGAGGAAGAGGUUUGUUGCGAAAAAAGCUCUCAGAUAGGAAAAUUCAUUACGCAGAGGAACUUAAUGAGAUUGUAAAACAAUUAAGCUGCUUUAAAAGGUAUUUAGUGAGGAAAUAUUCCAUGAUAAAAUGUACAGUAGUGACUUUACAGAAAGAAGCAUAAUAACAAUUAACAGAGCUCCGAUAUUGACAUAAAAAAAAACAUCCCCCAGUGUAUAUAGAAAUGUAAGAUAAGGAAAUAAAAAAAAAGACUUAAGUGUGUAUAGAGAAUGGGAAAUAUGUGAGAGAAAAAUGUAGAAGAAAAUCGUGACACAAUAAAUUUUGAAAAAUUACACCAA